AUGCAUUUGAAGGCGCGCGGAGCUUACGAAUGGGCUAAUAUUGGUGGUGUUUUGUAUUCAUUACUACUAAUUUUUGGUAUCUAUUCACUGGUGUUAUUUUUCACAUGCCCACUGACAUAUGAGGCCGAUCAGUGCGCUCGUGCUAAUAUCGCUGGGGAUGAAGGAUCAGUGCAUAUUUUUGUGGCUUUCAUAAGACCAAAUUUCAGGCGUAAUGAACCGCAACGGUGGUUGCAAAACGUAGCAAUUUUAACUACCACAAAAGGCGCAGGCAAAUUUUGCUUAGAAUGCAAUCGAAUGGCACCGCUGCGAAGCCAUCACUGUCGACUGUGCAAUAUGUGCGUGCUAAGGAAGGAUCAUCACUGCUUCCUAACGGGCGCUUGUGUUGGAAUUGCCAACCAGGUUCGUUCAGUGUUCCACAAGUGAAU